UACUCUUAUCUUUAUACCCUCACCAUCCUCCACUAUUUACAGUUUUGCCACUCUGACUUUAUGUUAGCUUCUUCCGGUGACCGGCGACAACACGAGAGCGCCACCGUAUCUCUCUUCCGACGAUAAAAAAUCUUUAAAACAUGAAGAACGGUAACCGGAAAACAACGCCGGAAACAGAGAAGUCUCACCGGAGAAAGUUAUCAGAGAAAGCGAUGUCGUUUCACGGCAGAGGAACAACGCCGGUAUCGAAUCCAGGAGAGCUUCGAAGACCGAAAACAUUACCGGAGUUAUUCUCCACCGGUCAAAGCAUCACCGGACCGGUGACGGAUUCGUUCCCGCCGCGUCUAACGAAACUUUUACUUAACGUAACGGUGCAAGGAAGUUUAGGAGCUGUACAAAUUAUAAUCUCGCCGGAAUCCACCGUGAGUGAUCUAAUCGACGCCGCGAUUCGUCAGUAUGUUAAAGAAGCUCGCCGGCCAUUUUUACCGGAAUCUGAACCGUCAAGAUUUGAUCUUCAUUAUUCUCAGUUUAGUCUUGAAAGUAUUGGAAGAGAGGAGAAGCUGAUAUCGCUUGGGUCGAGAAACUUUUUCUUAUGUGGCCGGAAAGAUACCGGAGGAUUUAUCGGCGGUGGUUCAUCGUCGGAAUCUUGUUCGAAGGAAGCAGAGAAAGUGGCUAAAACUGGUUUUCAUUGGCUCAAAUUUAUGGGCUUCUAGAAGUUUUUAAUCAUUUUGGAUUAUUGCUUUUUUCGAAUUAGUUCCAUUUUUAGGAAAAGGAUAUAUAAAUUUGGUAAUCUGUAUAUAUUUUCUAUGUAGAAAUGAAAAUCAUUAAUUUGU